AUGAAUAUGGCUAACAUUGCAAUUGGGAUUACGGAGGCUCCGGUAAAUGCUUCCUUACUCGAUAGUGCAUAUACGUCUGACUUUAUAUGUGAGAUUUUAUUAUGGAGAUGGGUUAGAAUGGGAUUGGCUUUUGGGAGGGCAAGAACUGAGCAAAUCUAA